AUGUGCUCAUUAGAGACAUGUCCGCCAAGGCCCCAACACCCCGGCCAUGUCCUCCAUUUCACCUCUCUCCAGUGUCCACCGUGCCCCCCGCCCCCUCUGCCUCCUACCCCCACUCGCGUAUCCCGACUCUCGCGCGUCGCCCAACGCGUCCGCCGCCCCAAUCUCUCGCCUCGAGCAAACGCGACUCCUUCGGGCAUUGGCCCUGUUACCUUGCCAGCAGGCUUCCCUCUUUUGGUUCCUAGAUCUGAUCGAGGCCGAACGCGUCCACCCGCCCCCGCCCUCUUUCACUUUCUCCAUUGUUCUCUAUUUCUGCUUCCUACAUUAACCUCGCUCUUUCUUGCACAUUGUCCUCUUGUGACGCGUUCAAAUCUGGCUGCCGCUGUAACAGUGAGCCGUCCAGUCUGGGAUUUCCAAACGGGAUCCAAAGACAUGGCGCAACACUCCGGUUUCGCUCGACACCAGCGUGCAUCUCUCCAGCUUGAUCCCGUGUACGCCCAGACGGAUGGAGGAUCUACCUACGCGUCUCCUGCUUCCUCCUCCGCUAUGCUCUCUCCGGCCUCUGCUGUUCUCCCGAGCUCUCAAGAGGGCGACGAAGAUAAGGAGCCCUCCUCCGGCCCGCAAAGGUCCUCCUCGACCUCCGGCAAAGCCGACAAAGAGAAACGGAAACGGUCUCGUGUCACCCCCGAGCAGCUCAUCCAUCUGGAACGCUUUUUCGCGAUGGACAGGAGCCCGACUGCGGCCAAACGGAAAGACAUCAGCAACCUCCUCGGCAUGCAGGAGCGCCAGACGCAAAUAUGGUUCCAAAAUCGUCGCGCAAAGGCGAAGCUUCAAGACGGGAAAUUCAGCAAGAGCGAUCCCUCAGAGAUUUCUCCUGAAAGCCCGCCGGAGCUCCCGAACGUUCUCGAGAUCGAUCUCAACGAUUUAAUCCACGAAGACGAACCCGUCACCUUUGUACCCUGCACCGACCUGACAGUUGGAACCUGGCGUCGCAUUGCCACGUCUGCAACGACCAAGCACGACCUCGUCGCGUAUGUCUGCGAACGCAAACGGUGCUUGACAUGGUUCCUACUUUCUGGCGGAUGUGGCUACAAGAUGGAGCUCCCGUUCCACACGAUCAUCAAUACGGAGUUCCAGAAUGCCAGUGCUAACCAUGGCAUGGCGUCGUUUACGCUCUCCCAGCCGCCUUUGUUCUAUCUCGAGACUGUUUCGUCUCCUCAACCCGACGGCUCUGUCAUGCGCGGCUGGAAGAGAUGCGCAGACUGGACGGAAAACACGCAAGCGACCCAAGUUCUACUGCAUACGGUGAUUGGAUCCGUCGUUCAGCUUGCCUAUGUUUUGCGAGCCUUGCACAAAAAUAACACGAUGCCGGACAGACGGGCUUCCUACCAUGGAGAGACGCACAUGCCACCUAUGGAGCUGCCUCCUCCACCUAUGGCGGCCCUGACCGCUGGGGCUACCUACGGGUACUCGAACACCGCGGGGUUGAACUCUGUUCAAUUCGAACCCAGUCGCAAGCGACUAUCCUACGAGUCCGGCAUGCAAGUGGACCCACAGUACGCUGACGGUGAUCUCCGUUCACCUCAGCACAUCGCACCUAUUUCAAACCUGCCAACACAUCCCUAUAUGCCCGCCACUAAUAAUCAGUCAGUACCCAACACCCCCACCCCUAAUUUCGACCCGGCUGUGUACCACAAUUACCAAUCCAGCCUGCAGGCAGCAUCGAGGAUCCCCACUCCGCCAGAGCAGCCGGCGCAACAGCAACCGGCAUACCCGAGCCAUAACCCUCGCGCGUUGCAUCCUUACCAGCACCCGCUGGAUGGCCAGAUGGCCCAAGACCCCGCGGUGCCGAUGGGCAUGAACUAUUCGCCCUCGCGGUCGCUGCUCAUGAGUCCGUACUAUCCCGACACGACUCGCCGUUUCUCCGAGGUGCCGCAGCCCCAUUCCCCGCAGGUUUUGGCGGGCAUGCCUGGUAUCAUAUACAACGCCGAGGCGGACUACCGUCGCCGGCGAUCUGAGUAA